AUGCCCAAGAACAACGCGGAGGCCGGGUCACGAAUCAGCGAAAUCAGUGUCAACGAACCUCAAUUCAACCCUGGAUACAACCAAACGGAGAGUCGCCAGGAAAAUCGAAAUGGCUGGUCGUAG